GCCUCGCCGUCGUCGUCACCGCGGCUUCCAUCACCACCACCCAUAGCAGAGGAUCAGAUCGGGCCAACAUCGCCUGGUGUGUCGCUGUUCGAAGACCAAGACAAGCUGCUGUCGCAGAGCCUUGACGGUGGAGCUUCGCGGCGAAUACGCCCCGGCACGAAAUCAGAGGAUAUGACGGAAGGUCCUCCUUUGGUCGAGCUUUCAGAGGCAUAUACCAGCUCCCACAUGCUGACUUGGAAUGUGCAGAUCGACACGGCCUUCCAGCUCACAGAACACCUCAAAGCACUGUACUACCACCACACUCACCCACCCGAUUCCAACACCACCGUGCCCAUCACGGCCGACCUCGCGCGCCAGCUGUGCAGACCACCCGACGCCACCUCCACCGAGAUCUGGCUGUACGAGCUGGGCCGCUUCCUCAUCCAGAAGACUAAUGCCAUCAUUGUGCACCUCUUCGCCGACGACCCGCCAUGCAGUCCACAGACGUGCUCCGAGAUGCGAGCCAGCGAAUGGCAAUAUCUAUGCGCAGUCCACGACCCACCCAAGAGCUGUUCAGCAAUUGAUUACUGCUGCCAUACCCUAGAUUGGGCAGCGACAUCUUUGACUAGCAGCAAGAUGUUCCCGUCUCGCUUAAAUCUGGGCACCGCGGGCAUGGGGGGCGGACAUGACAAGACUAUGCAAGCCCAGCUCAAGGAGAUUACAAACAUAUUCAGACGCGUCUACCGCAUCUUCGCGCAUGCCUGGUUCCAGCAUCGUGACAUGUUCUGGCGAGUCGAGGCUAAGACCGGCUUGUACAUCUUCUACAAGACUGUGUGCGAUGAGUACAACCUGAUACAGCCCGAAAAUUACACCAUCCCACCCGAAGCAGAAGGUCAGGAACCAGACGCAUCUCGGGCUGAGAAUGAGAAACCACAGGUGCUUAGCAUCUUGUCGAGGCCACCCGAGGACAUCUCCCUCCCAGAUCCAGCCAACACAACCAUUGCGCAUGGCAAUACCACAAAGCGCCAUACCCACACCAGGGAUCCAUCCAGUACGGUAGCCACGGUCAUCCAAGAGGAAGCCGAACCGGAGGACGAGGACCCACCACAACCGAAGCGAGGGCUUGACCGCUCGACCACUAUCUUAUACACGAAGGCAGCAGAUCCUGAUCCAGAGCCUGUGGCUGAACCGACUAAAACAGAGGAAGAUGAAGUACCAACUCUGGGUAUCGAGCGCACCGAUACCCUCAAGCCGGCAACACCUGAGCCAAAAACGGCUGGCGAAGAGGUCGAGGCUGGAGAGGAGACUGUCAUUCUGGCGGAGGCGGAGCAAGAUGCUGAACCUAAGCUGGAG